GCCAUGGUGGUAGAGACAACUUUUGGAGAGGGGCACGGGGUAGGGAAAGGGGUCGGGGGAGGGGCACAGGUAGGGGUAGACACCAACCUGGACAGUCAGCUGGAGAAUGGAAAGGCUACCAGAAGUAUGGCAGAAGUGAAAGAAAUGAUGAGUAUGGCAAAUAUAAGGGGAGAACCAGGGAAUGGAAGGAUGAAGAAAAGAGAAGGAAGAAUACACCACAUGAAGACAAUAGGUAUAAAACACAAAGACAAGGAAGGGGUGGCCAUAAGAAUUCUCGGGAAAGGAAAUGGCAAGAAGAAGAGGAAAGAACUGAUCUAAGGACUAGAGAAAAUCAACAAACCGACCACAAAUAUGGUAACAAGGCUGAUAACACCAUAGGUACUGAUAAAAAUGAACCAGACUCACCAGUGACUUUGAUAGACAUGCCUGAUGAAGAGAAUGAAAGAGAGACAACUAAAGAGGUUGGAGACCUGAGAGCGAUCCAAGACCUUGCCUCUCCAUCCCUGCUGGUGCCAGCUCUUGUUGAGUAUGACCAGGAGAGGAGACAGCACAUGUUCAACACCACCAUGUACAACUGUAACGUGUGCUUUGGUGAGAAGCUCGGGGCAGACUGCAUCGGCUUUAAGGGCUGCGACCAUGUGUACUGUAAAGAGUGCAUGAAAGGCUACUUCCAGGUGCAGAUAUCAGAGGGGAAUGUGCAAUGUCUGCAGUGUCCAGAACCUAAGUGUGAAUCACAGGCACUUCCUUCUCAGGUGCAGGAGCUUGUUGGAGGAGAGUUGUUUGCUCGCUAUGACCGGCUCCUGCUCCAGUCCAGUCUGGAGGGGAUGGCGGACGUCGUGUAUUGCCCGCGCAAGUCGUGCCAGUGUCCCGUCAUGCUGGAACCCGACAGCAAGAUGGCGGGAUGUACGGCGUGUGGGUACACCUUCUGUACGCUCUGCAAGCUGGCGUACCAUGGUGUGUCACCGUGCAGAAUCAAACCAGAUGACCUACGAAAGCUGCGUGAGGAAUAUCUGGCAGCCAGUGAUGAAGGAAAGAAGUUUCUGGAGAAGCGUUACGGAAAGAAGUCCAUUAAACAGGCCCUGGAGGAGACCUUCAGCGAGGAGUGGCUGAAGAAGUAUGCCAAGGAGUGUCCUCAGUGUGGGACACACAUACAGAAACUUGACGGCUGUAACAAGAUGACUUGCAUCAAGUGCCGUGCCUACUUCUGCUGGCUGUGUGGCAUGAUACUCCACCACAGCAACCCUUACGGGCACUUCAACAAGCCUGGCUCCAAGUGUUUCAACCUGCUGUUCCAGGGGAUGGAGGAGGGGGAGGGUGGGGAGGAGGAGUUUGAGGAUGAGGAGGAUGACUGGGAUUGGAUAGUGUUUGCAUGAUUGACAGCUGAUUUAUUAACAGGAGUGGUCAUGAUUGGCUCGUGGUUUAUGAUUGACAGAAGAGUUUUACAAUAGGAACGAGCCUUAUAAUGUUACAGAUUCUUACUCAAAGAAAAUAGCAACACUGUUUUUUGUUGAGAGCUAAUUUUAGUUUACAAACAAUUGAGAAAUUUGUUUUGAAUAUAGUAAAUAUGUAGGACAUAGGAAUUUUCUUUAUGACAACCAGUUUUUCUCACCUGCUGACGUUUCGAUGUCUGUCAGACAUCUUCCUCAGAGCUUCUAACUGGAGUUCUGCUUCUCGCCGCUAUAUUUAUCCGAUGUAGGUGGCGCUUUUGUGGCUGGUUGUGAAAAAGAAAAUUCCUAUGUCCUAUGAUCUACCAACCUGAUGAAAUUAUUUUCGGAAGUAAAUAUGUACUUUGACGUAAUCUGAUAUUUACAAUGAACGACCCGACUGUUUUUUUGGGGGUAAAAUAAGAAUUAUAUAUAUUGUGCCUUUCCUGUUAUCUUACAUGUAAUAUCAUUUGGUAUGUAGCAAAUUUUCCUUGUUGAUCUUUUGGAAUAUUUACAACUCUUCUAUUAUAGUGAGUGAAUGAGUCUAUAAAUGUCAACACUGACUGUUAAAUGUGUAUAUUUUAAACAGAAUCUAAAGAAAUCGCACGAUAGUUUCAGAACAUUGAAUGAUUGAUAAUAGAAUUCACCAAACAAGUGCACUGACGGACAUUAUGUUGCAAACAGAAUGAGUUUAAAUGAUAUUUACAGUUUAAAAGGCUGGAAUGUUAAGUUAUGUACAAUCAUGUACAUGAACCUUCUCGCUACUGCUUAAACUUGUAAUCAAGAGAAAUUUUGUGCUAAAAGGCAAUAUGAAGCGAAAAGCGAUCACUAGCAGCUUUAAUGAUGUUUUUAGCAACUUUUAGAUUCUUUUGGUUAAAUUAUAUAAUGCACAAUGUUAAUGGCUAAAUGGCAAUAUUUCUUGAAACCAUUACAGUACUACAACAUGUAUAUUGCAAAUCAAGGCAUCAACUGAAAGACAGAAUAAACAAAAACUACUACAAUUUA